UCGCCGCGCUCGUCUCUGAUCUCCACACGGGUUCAUUCCAGGAGGUGAGGAGGAGGGGAGACGGAGGUUGACCUCCCUCCUGCCCUGUCCUCGCUCACCCCGCCACCCACCCCCGUCUCCGCUCAGCGGGGCCUAAAAGGGAGCCAUCUAAUGACUUUCACCCACAACAGGCUCCUUAAACCCAGCACACCACAUCCUGAUCCUGACCCAGGUUCUCUGAGGUUCUGCAGGCAGGGAUUCCCAGACAUGUUCGGAUUAAAGUCUUCGCACUUCUACCUGCCAGGUAUGAACCAUGAGUCCAAUAAAUCACCAUCAUUAGGAAUGAUCUCCACGGCGACUCGCACCACAGCUACAGUCGGUCCCCUCAGCCCAUUGACCAAUGGGAACGCGGUUGCCCAGUCUGCAAACUCCGGAUUCGCUGCUGCYCUGCGUAAACUGGCCAAACAGGCCGAAGACCCCAGAGGUUCUGCCAUCAACGGUGAAUCGUCUCCCGUCUCCUCCCCGGCCACCAAUCACAGCUCGCCUGUCUCCACCCCCAAGCGGGGCUCAUUAGGGCCCCUUUUGGGCCAUAACAGGGGCCAGGGGGUACCAAGCACCCCUCCCGUAGUCACCAUUGCUCCGACCAAGACCAGCAACGGCCUGUGGAGGGCUGAGGGACGGCAGGUUGAGUCCAGCGUUCAGGGACUAAAUAGGGAGCGGGUAGUGGCUGAGAACAGCCACCAGGAUAGGAGAACUCCGCCCGUCCCCUCACCUCAUCCUCUGGCUCAGUCCUUUGGCCACACUCCCAGCAGCAUCAUGCAGGACCCCCGCAUACAGAGCAUAAGUUUGCCCGGGCAGAUGCACUCGGUGGUUCCCUCGAACGCCGUYCCAGAGGAAUACCUGAGGGCUCUCAGGCCUUUCGCCACCUCRGACGAUCUCCGACUCGCCUCGCUGCCCCUGAGUCUGGACCCCGCCGCGGCUGCUCAUGCCGCUGCCGCCGCAGCCGCCGCCGCCUACUAUCACCCUGCCUACCUGCACCACCCUCUGUCCUUACAAAGGAUGGACGAGUCCCUGUGUCUGUCUGCGCUGCGGUCGCAGUUCUACUCUGUUCCUGCAGGAGGCAGCUUCCCCCCUCUUCACCCCUCUGCCCUGCAGUUACACCUGUCUGGAGGGCGCUACCCUGGAGAAAUGAACCACGCCGCUUUUACUGACAGGCUACAGAUGGAGAACGAGCUCCGCCAGCGUGAAAGAGAGCAGGAGCGCGAACGAGAGAAGGAAAGGGAGCGCGAGGCCGGGCUGGAGGAGGAGCGUGAGAGGGAGCUGGACAGACAGAAGGAGAGGCAGAGGGACAGACAGCAGCAGAUGGUCCGAGCGGCAGAGGGCCACUACCUGGCUGAGCUUCAGGCUCGGAGGGCAGGACCGGAGGACAGGGCCAGACCGGGAGAGAGGCUGACCCCGAACAGGCUGGAUAAAAACAAGGACUCAGACCACCCAGGUUUCCCAGCCCUUAAACCCGUGCCCCUGCAGUCAGGACUUCACUCCUCCAGGGCCUCUGUCCCUCACCCCAUGCCCAGCCUGCUGCCCUCCCACCUGGGGAAGCACCGUGCCUCCGCAGGGAUCCACGGAGCGCUGGCGGCCGCCGUGAUGACGCAGAGAGCCGGCGACGAGGCCUGGCUGUCACGGCAGCGAGCACAAGGACAGGAGAGGGAGGGUCCUCUGGUGGUGGGCCUCAGGUCACCUGGGAAAGGUGUGGAAUCAAGGAGAGACGGCCACAGAACGAGUUCAGUUUAUCACAACCUGAGCAGCAAAGAUGCGUCCCCGUGCCUCGGUGCUCCGCCUCCCCUCAUUUCCCCUAAAGCUCCUCCUCCUGCUCCUCCCGCGACGCUGUGGAACCCGGCUUCCCUCGUCGACACGCCGUCCUUAGACUCCCGCAGGAAACCUAACCCCGCCGCUCCACCCGGCCGCCCGCCGCCGGGGCUGACCCGGGCCGACAGGCGUCCGGUGAACUGGGGGGACAGGAUAGAAGACGGAGCCAGGAGGACUUCCAGAAGCCCAGAGAGGUACCCCGCGGUGAGGGGGGCAGCUUUGACGGAGCCGUGGAGCAAAACCGAGCAGGAGCGAAGCGUUCAGAGCCUGUACCCCCGGCAGCACGUCAACCACCUCCACCACAGACCCUCAGCGCCUCCGCCUGCUCCGAGCGACCCGGGGCUCCGGUUCCAGGCGGCCUCUCCCCCGCUGACAAGAGAGCGACAGGCACACGCAUCCGACAGCACGCUGGUUUACGACGAGGUCCUCCAGCAGCACCGCCGGCUGCUCAGCAAGCUCGACUUGGAGGAGAAGAGGAGAAAGGAGGCCAGAGACGGAGGUUAUUACUAUGACCUGGAUGAGUCAUAUGAUGAGAGCGACGAAGAGGAGGUAAAAGCUCAUCUGAGGAGGGUGACAGAACAACCCCCUCUCAAACUGGACACGUCCUCUGAGAAAGUAGAUUUCUUGCGUUCGUGCGGUCUCACCACUCUGGCCCGUCGCGACGAGCUUCUGGCUCAAAUGAGGAGGAAGAGGCGGAGGAUGAUGAGAGAGCGCAGCGUCUCUCCACCGGCAGUGCAGGGCAAACGAAAAAUCACUUCACCUUCAACGCCCACGGCUCCCCUCGUCACCCCGUACUCGGCCGAGCAGAUGGACAGCACCCCCGAGCUGCAGGAGAAAAAAGACUUCCUCCUUAUGUUCAACCUCACCCAUGUCAGCCCUCAGCAGAGGAGAGAUAAGGAGAGGACGGAGGAGCUGCUGAAGGCCAUCCAGAGGAAGACCGUGACGUUAGACACAAUCAGAUACAAUCCUCGAGCGUCGUGUCGAAGUCCAGCUGCUCCUCCGACCGGCGACUCCUCCUCAGCCCCUCUGCCGCCUCGCUCAAACGGACACCUGUACCCGGACUCCCCCAGCCCCUCCCCUCCACACCUUCACAAACACAAGCACCUCCACAACGACACCCUCAAACCCGCCGCGGACUCCCAGGCUGCCCGCGUCCCCCCGCCGCCGCUGACCUCCCRUCACGAAAAGUCCGAAGUGGCGGAGACUCAGCCAAGCAGGAAGCUCCAGCCUCUGCAGAACGGCCCGGUGGCUCCGCCUCAGAAGAGGGAGCCCGGUUCUGUGCAGAAUGGACGGAGUCAGCCCUGGGAGAGGUUGACUCCGGAGGCCUUCGCUCAGCACUUCCACCAGGCUGUGCUGCAGUCCACACACAGCACUCUCCACAGCAAAGAAAUCUCAAGUUGCCUCCCCGAGGCCAGAGGGAAGUCCGAACGCCCGCCGCCUCACAGCGUCUCUCAGCUGAAAGCUUUAAGCCACGCCCCUCAGCACGCACACGCCAACGGCCACCGCUUCCACCGGCCCGCAGUGAGCCGAGACGCUCCCGCUGCACGGGACCGUCUGUCCGAUGAAGAGGAGUCGUCGGGUCAGGAGGACGAAGAGGAGGAAGAGGAGGAGGAGGAGGAGGAGGCGACCAGGAAGUGGCGGGGCAUCGAAGCGGUCUUCGAGGCGUAUCAGGAGUAUGUGGACGACCGGACCACAGAGCGUCAGGUUCUUCACAGUCAGUGUAAAAGACUUGAAGCUCAGAACUACAACCUGACCAGAACUGCGGAGCAGCUUUCUCUCACUGUGGGGGAGCUGGUGAGCCAGAGGCAGAAAGUGAGGGAGGAACGGGACCGACUGCAGGCCCAGCUGGAGCACUUCAGGAGGUGUUUGACACUACCCAGCAUCCACUGGGGCAGGAGCCAAGUCAACGGGUACACACCGAGGUGACCUCCGACGCGAGGGCCACACCCUCUGCCGGCGGAGGAGCCGUAACAGGAGCCGGGGCUGCUCGCCACACUUGAAGCACUUGAAGGAGCCCGCCGCUUUCUUGUUGCCUUUCUGUCCAGACAGCGACGCCGUCCGAUUGUUCCCAGAGACCGUUUGUCACCUGUCAUGUGACCAAAGCCCGUGGCGCCCAAGAGACUGAGCAUGGAGAACACUUAAGUCAGUGAAUCUGCUUCUUCGCUUCUCACAGCUCCUACUACCUGARCCGGCUUUGCGACCGAACGUCAUUUUAGCUCAUCUCGUGUGAAAUAAUCCAUCARUCAACAGAAGUGAGUCGUAUCCAUUCAGGCACAACUUUCCUGGGCAAAAACGAGUCAAACUGAGCAGCAAGGUUUAAGAAUCAAAGCACACCUCAGGCCUUAAACUGACAAGAUGCACUUAAAAUAAAAUGGGAGCGACUACUUGACAGUCCUCUGUGGGUUAAUGUCAUUGUGUCUUCUGAGUUCAGAGCAGCUUGAGYUGAAAGGAAGUCGGGGGCAAAGGGAGCGUCUAAAGUCUAAUAUGGCAAAUGGUUUAAACAACAUUUUAUAGGUUUGUAACGUUGCUUGUUAGGUGAGGAUUUUUGUAUGUUUUACUGCUUUAACUCGUGACAAGCCAUAUGCUUUGUUGGGAUUGCUGCUGGUCAGAAUAAAAAUGUUUAGAAGCUUAACAACAGUAGUUUGGUCGUAUUUUGAAAAUUGUUGCGUGCUGUCAAGACGGGGGGGACUUUAAAACGAUGCACUGUGUUUGGAAGAUGACAAAUGUUGAGCUAAUUAAUCCUGAUUAAUCUGAUCCAAGAGUUGAUMUAGGAAUCGUCACAUCUCCGUUAAAAUAAUUUUACGAACCUUCUACUAUUGUAUUUUUUGUAGAACGAUCGGCAUUAUGUGUGAGACUGAAAUACUUUAGGUUUGAUGAUGCUGAAAAGUAUUUUUACCUCUUUUGUUACGCAAACRGAAAGGGUUUUAUUUCAAAACAACAAAAAGUAAUAAUCUCUCUUGAGACUAGAUUAUUUAUGUGACACAAACCUCAGAUAUCGUAUUUUCUUCUUCUAACAAACCGUUCCUUGUGUUCUUUUAAGGUUUUAAGUUUUAUUUAAGCCAGCUCAUGACUUUUUUUCCCAUUUAACUCUGAAAAUCUCUUUGAGCACAGAAUACAGUAGCAGUUCCUGCAGUUUCACCUGACCGUCCUGCUCAGUCACCUCCUCAAACCUGCUGUGAAAUCUUGAAUAUUUGCUUCAAUCAGUYGUUAUGUGAUGUAUCAUCUGGGCUGUAUAAUUGCAAUGAAUUAUUUAUUAAUAUAUAUUGAUGAACAUUCUGAUGGAAAUUUACAAUAAAUAUUUGUUAAGAAAAAAAA